AUGAAUGGAACUAAAAAGAACCAACAACAGCAAUCAUCAUCAUCGGCAACGACGACCCUCCUCAACGAAACUUAUUAUUCCAUACAACAAGUAGAACCAAUCAAUAAUAACAACAACAACAACAACACGCUUACCUUUCAUAGUAGCAGUGCUGGCAGAUCAACAACCAUGAAUCCACGUCGAAAUCUUCCCUUCAACAACAACCAUUCAACAACAACACAUUCAUCAUCCAAUUUAUCCCAUUCCUAUCAAAACACCAAGCCUUCUCCAAUAACUUCAACAACUCCUAAUCGGAACAUCAUCAAUCCCAACCAAAAAACUUCCUACCUCUCUGCAUCGUAUAAUCCCUAUAGAAAUGAAGCCUUCUCUCCGAAUAGUGGUUCACGAUUUCAUCAACCUCCGAUGGGCUCACUUUAUACGAGUUCUUUUGAAGAAGAAAAACAUCAUACCAGCGAUUAUUUUGAAGACGUUGAAGAAGAGGACGAUGAUGACAAUAAUAAUAAUAAUACACCCAUUGUGGUGAAUGAUGGAAACGACAAUUAUUAUGCAAUUGGAACCGGAGAUGCAGGGUUUUAUUAUGACAUGGAUGAUAACAAUGUAGGAAUGGGGCCUUUGGAGCAUUAUGACGAGGAUGAAGAGGCUGCCUUACUAGUGGAUGGAAGUCCACAAGAUUAUUACAAUGAUCAUCAGCAACAAAUUGGUGAGGAUCAUAGACCACAAAUUAGACGGAUACCCAAUGCUAAUAGCACGAAAAAAGCGAACAAGACUGAGACAAGAUCAUGGUUUUCAAAAUUAUUAUGUUGUUGCUUUAGACAACCAUCUCCAAAAAAAGAUUUCCAAAGCAUGUUCAAGUUUGAACAAUUAUUUUGGAAAGAUCAACAACGAAAAGCAGCACGCUACAAAAAAGAUGCAUCGACCUGGAGAUUAUUCUUUGUGACUAUGUGUUUUUGUGCUUUACAAUGUUGCUGGUCAUUACAAAUAGCUCAGUUGACGCCCUUAAUAUUAGAAAUGAAUUUUCCCAAAAUGUGGAUAACAAUAGUGUGGCUUUGCGGCCCAAUUUCAGGAAUUUUAGUGCAACCCAUAGUGGGUGUCUGGUCAGAUAAAUGUAGAAGUAGGCUAGGUAGAAGAAGACCAUUUAUUUUGACAGGCGCCAUAUUUAUCGUACUGGCGCUGUGCUUUAUUGCAAACUGUUUAGAUAUAGGAUAUGUAUUGGGAGACACAGCAGAAUAUAGCCCCUGGUCUCUUACUUUCACGAUUAUAGGAUUUUGGGUGCUAGACAUUGCAAACAAUACAUUGCAAGGACCCUGCAGAGCUCUUGUGGCAGAUAUUGCAACACAAAAUAAGCAAGAUGUUGCCAAUGCUUGUUUUACCUUUUGGGUUGGUCUUGGCAACAUUAUUGGAUAUGGAAGUAGUAUGAUUGAUUUUUCUCAAUUCAUACCCAUGUAUGCCUCUCCGAUAUGUCACAAAAAUUGUGUGAAUCUUAAAGUUGCAUUCUAUAUAGCAGCUAUUAAUGUUGUGAUAUGCUGUACUUUUACAUUACUAUUUGCAAAGGAAUAUACUUUGGAAUCGUUAGAAAACACCCUUGCUCCCAGCUAUAGGAAAAAAGAAGCAUCUCGACUGAAAGAAGAAGACAUGAUAUUUUCAAAACGACUGAAGAAAUUGUGCUGCCAUCCUAAUCCAAUCAAAAGAAUCAUUGAUUAUAUUUACAACAUACCAAGAGUCAUGAAAAUACUGUGUGUGUUUCAAUUCUUUUCAUGGAUUGGAUGGUUUGCAUUCCUUGUUUAUAUUACGGACUGGGUUGGAGAAAGUGUUUUCAGAGGAAAUCCUGAUCCACAACAUCCUGCGUAUCAACUUUACGAGACAGGAGUACGAUUUGGAUCCAUUGGUCUUGCUGGCUUCUCCGUUGUGAGCAUGUUCAUCUCACCAUUUAUUCCCAGGCUCUCGAAAAACUAUGGCACCAAGACAUUGCUCUUCUUUUCACAAGUAUUUUUGAGUUUACUGCUGUUGAUGACCUUUUUUAUCAGAAACAAAUAUUGGGCUAUUGUGUUGAUUUCAUGUUUUGGAUUGCCAUUUUCCAUCACAAAUACUCUGCCGUUUACCAUUUGCUCGACAGCAGCCAAUGACUUUAGUAAGGGUACCUUUAUGGGCAUUUUGAAUAUUUUCAUUGUGGUACCUCAAUUGAUCAUGUCUCUCUUUAAUCCUCUGGUAGUUUAUGUUUUUAAUGGAUAUACAGUAGCAACAUUGGUGGGAGGUUCGAUUGCAAGCCUUUUCUCAUCAGUGUUGGUUUGCUUUAUUCGAAUACGAAAGCCAAAGAGAAACGUUAAGAGAAAGAAGCGAUUCAAUCAAUUCUAA